GCGGUUGGUGGGUUGGUUCUACCUCUUUUCACCUCAUUGAUGUCCAUCAAGUUUACAGGACGCAGUCGAUGGAUACAAAUUGCGGAAAAUCAGUCUGGACUAGUCCAAUGGGAAAACGAUGGCUUUUUUAAAAGACUGAUCAUUCUGGGACACUUUUCAUAUUAGACAGUUCAUUUCCGACGACCAUUCCCAUUUUUACUUCAACCUGCUUUACAGAGAAUGUAUACGCGGCUGAUUUUAACCAAGUACCCGCUCCUGGGAUUGCUGUGGAUGAUUGCCGCCCUAUCGGGCUCCCGGAGCUCCGUGGCAGCUGCGGGGAGGAGCUGUGCCGACACCCGGCAGGUGUACGCGGAGAAGGGUUACAGCACCGGCACGGCACCGGUGACUCAAAUCUCUGGCGAGCACUUGAGGCUCUGUCCUCAGGACUACACCUGCUGCUCCAGUCAGAUGGAGGAAACACUUGCCCUUCAGAGUGAGCGGGACUUCCUGAAAUCUGUGGAGGAUCACAGCCAGUUCCUGUUAACCACCUUUACCCAGAGGCAAAGACGAUUUGACGAGUUCUUCAGGGAACUGAUAGACCUGUCUGAAAAGUCCAUGAACCAGAUGUUCACUAAGACCUAUGGACGCCUCUUCACGCAGAACUCUCACGUCUUCCAGGAACUGUUUGUGGAGCUGCGCAGAUAUUAUUCAGGGGGAAGUGUAAGUCUAGCAGAAGUUCUGUCGGACUUUUGGUCCAGAUUGGUAGAGCGGGUCUUCACUCUGGUCAACCCUCAGUAUCAGUUCAGUGAUGACUACCUGGAGUGCGUCAGUAAGCAUGCCGAACAGCUGCAACCAUUUGGAGACGUGCCUCGUAAACUGCGCGUUCAGGUAUCCAGAGCUUUCAUUGCUGCUAGGGCACUAUCACAGGGCUUGGCCGUUGGUCGCGACAUUGUCAACAAAGCCACAAAGAUGACACCAACCGCUGAGUGCGUGCGUGGCCUGAUGCGUCAAUGGUACUGUCCGCUGUGUCGAGGGAUACCCUCUCUGCGUCCAUGCCGCGCAUUCUGUCUUAACGUAAUGAAAGGCUGCUUAGCCAAUCAGGCCGACCUAGACACAGAGUGGGACUAUUUCAUCGAUGCCUUAUACCAGGUGGCCGAAAAGUUGGAGGGUCCGUUCAACAUGGAGCUAGCAGCUGACUCCAUUUCCGUCAAAGUGUCGGAAGCUAUAAUGCACAUGCAAGAACACAGUGUCACUAUCUCCACUAAGGUUUUCCAAGGUUGUGGAAACCCCAGACCUGUUCCAGCACGCUCCAAGCGUUCACCAAAAGAGUCAGGGGGCAAUAGGAGGCCUUUCCGCACGUACACCGCCGAGGAAAAACCAACCACAGCGGCAGGCACCAACUUGGACCGAUUGGUUACAGAACUGAAAGAGCGCCUGCGACCCAUGGGGAGUUUCUGGGUGUCCCUCCCACAUACCAUCUGCAACGAUGAAAAGAUGGCGGCCGACGUCACGAAUGAAGACCGCUGCUGGAAUGGGCAGAAUAGGGGCAGAUAUCUGCCAGAGGUGACAGGCGACGGGCUGGCCAGCCAGCUCAACAACCCUGAGGUGGAGGUCGACAUCGGGCGGCCUGACGUGAAAACCAGACAGCUAAUCAUGGAGCUUAGGGUGGUCACCAACAAACUGAGACACGCGCAGAGUGGACAGGACACGGACUUCAUGGACAGUGAAGAAGGCAGCGGUUCAGGUGACACCGACACAAGCGAGCGCUACAACGACGACUGGCCGGGAUACGGGCCUCACUCCUUGCCUCCUCGUAAGCCUGCGUCCAGCCCCGCAAAGCCUCCUCGGGUCCGAGAAAGAAAUGGGCACAAGGGCAACCGGAACCACGGUAGAGUUCCUUCUGCAGCAAUUCGGCUCACUUCCUCCCUGCUUGCUUCAUUAUUACCUUUUGUGCUCAUUAUGGCUUCACGUUGGAGAUAACUGUCAUGACAACUGUGGAAAAUACUCCGCUUGGUUAUGUCUGCACAAAAAAGUUCAAGGCACAAAAUGUCACUCAUCAUGGUUAUUUUUAAUAGCAUAUGCACAUGUUACUAUUAUGAUAUUAACAUUACAACAAAUCAAAACCUUUAGUGCCAAAUAGGGAAGUGGCCAUUUAAGCAAGUAGGUCCAGCUCCGGCCCGCAGUACUUGCAGGGGUUGCGGUUGGCGGAUGACGAACGCUUGAUCUGAUUGGUCGUUGAUAGCAAGGGAUAAGAGUUCAAGCUGGUCAGAAGAGGUCCUCUUCAGGAAAGACACCAAACCAUUCCUCCAGCAUCUAAUUUUAGAACUAGAUAUAUUAAUUCUUGAAAGUCAUAUUCAGGACGUCCCCAGGUUACGACGUACUCGACUUACGAGAUUUAGACUUUACGAUGCCGGAGUCUCCUUUCUUUUUCUUUUUAGUCGCACAACAGUACCUACGGUAAUUGUACCUCACAGCAGGGGUCGCGUUAACCACAUAUUUUCCGUCGUUGACCGGUUUUUUAAAACGGUGACGGAAAAAACUGAAGUCCAUCAGUCAUUUUGACAGGUUGCAAUUCACAACCCAGACCACAGGGUGGUGAGUGAGCAUAUUAAUUAGCUAUUGGCUCUCUUGAUGCAUGACGUCGUUGGCCUUACUCGGAAAAAUGUCAAGGCAACUGAGUUUCCGAAGUUUCUUCAAAAAAGUUUCUUCUUGAGACAUUUGAUUAUGCACAAGCGGGCACGCAAUUCAAGUCCAUGCACACCAGGAGGAAGGUGUGAGACUGCGUUCAGGCCACAGCAGGUGAACUGUUAAUUUCAUUGUUCCAUAUGUAGCCUACCUACUGGGGCCACAGUCAGCUGUUUAUGUCACUGUGGAGAAAAAGUUACAUAUUCAUCUGCUUGAUGUGUGAUGGCACGGUGUGGAUUCUCUGUUAAGCUUGUUCGGACAGAAUAUUAAUUAAAAAUGAAUGAAAACUAAAUACUAUUGAAUAUGUCAUUAUUAUCACUUUAAAAAUUUAAGUGAUGGGUAAAAAUAGAUUAUGACCGGAUUUUUAUGACCCUGUCAGUCAAAAUGACAGACAACGAAAAAGUCUAGCGCAACCUCUGCCUCACAGUAUCUUAUUUUUACUUACUUUAUUAACAUGGCUUGUUCUGUCCUCACUAAACAUGAAGUUGUUCAGCUUGGCAGACAGCAAACAAAGCAAUUGUACUUUUUAAAGCUUUUUACUUCCUUCCAUUUUGACCCUUUGUAAAGCUGAAACACAUAUGUACAUGUCUGUUCAAAAGCACUCGCUCAUGCUGUUGUCGUACAACAGUUAGAUGUGCAGCUGAGAUACAAUGAUGUUCUGCUCGAUGCCUUCAUGGAGAGUAACGUUUUGCUCGCCUGCGGAAUGAAAGGACGGAUUUAGAUUUUUUUCUUUUAAUGUAUUCCAGACAUGGCCAUCGUCAGACAUACAGGUAGUCCCCGGGUUACAAACGAGUUCCUUUCAUACGCUGGCGACGUAACCAAAUUUCCACGUAAGUAAGAAUUAACCUUUUAAGUAAAUAAUCUUGAAAUCUCAAAAUAACUAUCCAAAAACAUGUAUUAUAUGUCAUUGCACUGUCCUAGCGAGACAGUGAGCUAAACUCCGAAAUGACGAUGUCAGACGUCUGUGUGGUUUGCUAAUUGUAUUCAGCUGCUCAUGACAUCAACACUUGCAGAAUAUAACUAAAAUAAAAAUUAAAUUAAAUGAGUUUCAUCUUCAGAAACAGCGAUUCAAAGUUUAUAACGUUUAUAACUAGCUGCUGAUACAACAAUAACAAACGAUUAGCAUGUAUCAGUUAGCAUCCGCACAUCAGGGGCGGACUGGUAAUCUGUAGCUUCUGGAAGAUCACAGAACGGUGCUCUGGACGGCCAGCGGCCGCCACACAUACAUUACUGUUUUUAUCCCCUCUAUACUCUGUGAUUAUCUACAGUUCGCAUCCAAUCCGACAGGUGGCAGCAAUGUGCCUGGCUGUUAACCGCCAAUCUGAUAGGAGGAGAACGAAGAAGUGGGCCAUUGCCACAAGGCGCUGUAACUCUGAAAGACUUGCUGUGGCCCACGAUGGGACAGGAUAGAGCGAUAAGAGCUUUGGCGGACUUUCUAGUUGCCACCAGUCUGAGAUGGAAUGAAGAGGUUUACUUGUUAGGUAUAUUGGCAAUUGUUAUCCAUCAGGUAGCUACAAUUUAAAUGAAAUAAAUGGCAAUUAAAGGGCUAGUGCCAGCAAAAAAUAUUUUAGCUGUAAAACAACGUAUGCACACGCAGCAGCAAUAUUAAUUCAGAAGAAAUAUAACAAAAUAUUAAUAAAAUGAAUGGUUUUACUUUAAAGUUUAGGUAGUUAAAUUGAUAUGGUAUAUAUUUUUAAUCAAUUAUAUAUCGUUUUGUUUUCUGGUUAAACUUUCCAAUGAAGGUUAUGUAUACAGGAUUUGUCUUGAAAUGUUUAUUGUAUUUUCAUUGAAAUUUAUUAUUUGUGUGCAAGAUUAGUUAUGGCAUAAACAAUGAAGUCAUUUUAUAGUUACAGGGCAUAGGUGUUAUUAUAAUCAAUUGGAUACAUAAAACUUGCUUUUAAAAAAUAUAUUUUUUAAUUUGUUUAUUCAGGUUGUUUAUAGAGCUAGGGCAGAAGAUGAAUCCAACUCCAGUUCAGCCUUGCAGUACUUUGAGUGCCCCAAGUCAGACAGUCACAGUCUAGACACAUUUUCUUCAUUUUUCUCUCAAAGUGAACGAAAUUGAUGCAUUUUACAAUGAAAUGUAUAAAAAAAAAAAUUCUCCCGAGGGGGCAUGCCCCCAGUCCCCCAUAGAGAGUCUGUGUACAGUGAUUCUUGUGGGCUGGGCUGAGUCAGUUUCCCCUCUUUCCCUCAUUCGGUUGCGCGACUUCUUCGUGUGCGCGAAUACGUUCUUCUUUGCCUGUACAUGCACUCGCACUCGCGUGCGAAAGUACUACCUGCUCUACGCUUCCUGCGACAAAAUUAAAGCAUGUGUAAUGGAUACACGCAGGUCUGUUUGUUCCAGGACCUGGUUUGUAUGUCGAAAUGGUCGUAUGUCGCGUGGGAUUGGAUAUUUCAUAAGAAUACAUUAUAAUUUGACGAAUUCGUUCUACAACCCAAAAACCUAAGAUAAAUCCGUAAUAAAUACUGCAGGUACAUUUACUAAUAGCAAUUAUACAUAGCAAAAAUAUUAAAUUAUAAUAUACAAAUCGGAGUAAUAAUAAUAUUAAACAGGUAAUAAUAAUAAAUUAUUGUAACAAGUUGGGUCCUAAGUUGGCAGUUGUGUUUUGCAUGCUGUUCCUGAACGCACCAUGUGACUGAAGAGAGAGGUGCAGAUGCAGUAGAGUGGGAAGUUUUUACUUUCGCUUUUUGUUCUUUUGUUGAUGUUGAUGGGUGAGGGGGACCAGUGAGCUGCGCUGUCUAGCCAGUUCACUCACACGCAGACUACACUCAGAUUAUUUUUUUUUGCACUAACCUUCUUAGGACCCAUGUUGAUUUCUGUCACAAGAAUAUCCGCCAUGCGUCCGUCUUGCGGGAAAACGAUGAAAUGACGUUGUCAAAAAUCGUUGUGUUUCGAGCAUGUUGUCAUAGGUUGAGACAAAUGCGGGUUAAAUUUUACGUCGGAUGUUGAAAGGAUCGUACGUUGAUGUGAUCGUAUGUCGUGGUACCAUUGUAUAACGGUUAGGAUCAUUGAAAGCAGGGAAUGUAGUUGGCGGAUGACGAACGUUUGAUCUAAUUGGUUGUUGAGAGCAGUGGGCGUGGUUGAAGCAUGACAAACGCUUUAUCUGAUUGGUUGUUGAAAGCAGGAGAUGCGUUUGGCCUGUUCUGUGGGCCGCAGCUGGACCCUUCUCUAUUUUAGUGAUAUCUUGAUUUAUCCAUUGUUAAAUCAAGUUCUGGAGUUUAUUGGAAUCAGUUUGGUUAUAGUGUUGUUAAAAUGGUGCAUCACAUAUGAAAAUUUCUGUCAUUUCAAUAGUUCCAUUCAAAAAGUGAAACUCAUAAUGUACAGGUUAAAAAAAUGUAAGAACAAAAAGCAUAAGUACUUACCUAAUUUUCAUGUUGAAAAUAAUUCAUUCUUAUGUAAAAUACAUUUUUUAAAAUGGUGAAUACAGGUAGAUUUUUUUUUUUUUGUUGGCUGCGCACUUACUCUUUAUCAAAAUAACACAGAAUAAAAACAACAUUGUGUGUAGCAAAUUAUAUGAGUUUCACUUUUGAACAGAGUUACUAAAAAAAAACAACACAUUUCCGGAGUUGCCUGUAUUGCCUUAGAAGUUGAAUUCUUUUAAAUGCUCGAGUGACUGGCUCUUGAUUCCGACAUAGAGCCCAUAUCUCAGUUUUCAAUUUAAAGCAACAACAACAAAAAUCUGGAAAAACCUUCUUCAUUAAUAGGUCAAGUCACUUUAUUAGAACUAUGUCAAAGUUUUGUUAUGAAAAGCACCAAAGUGAGUUUCUUUGAAUGUACAGAAAUGUAAAAUAUGGACGCUUUUUAAUUUAUUUAUGUAUUUAAGACUUGAUUUUCUGUGUUAAUAUCCUGGUAUAAAUAAGCAAAUGCUACAGAAAUGCUAAUAAUUCGACAUUAUUAGCAGAAUGCAAGUUUUUGGAUUAUAAUUUUAGUGCUGCAUGUGCUAUUUUGUUGUUUUAAUUUAAUUCUAAAGUCAUGUCACAGAUCAAGAUGUUCGGAUGCUCAAACUUAAAUAAUGUACUUUUCUACAUAUUUUUCCUAAAGGCAACUGUAGAUAGUUAGGUUCAACAAUUCUCUUUUGAAAUUUCAUACAAUACUGAAUGUAUUUUGAUGGAGAGAGUGGUGGAAUGUCUGUGCAACAAGGAAGAAAUGUACACAUGAUAAUGCUAAAGGAGUACAAAAAUGACUGGAUAAAAUAAGAAUGUAUAGUUGAGGAGUGUGGACCGAACAUAAACAUUCAACUCACAAAUGCUAAAAAUGAUUUGAAGAAAAAGCAGGAUUGAAGAGCAUUGUGACAUUCAAUAAUCUUCAUCCAAAACUACUGUAGGGUGGUCCUGUUUUCAUUCUUCUUGCACCAUUCCGACAAUGAUAAAAUGUACAGGAGAGUUGUCCUUGAAAGCACAAUUGUCUUCAUAUUGUUGUUACACUUUGUUGCCAACAAGCAAGCAAGUGAUGUUUUCCAUGUCACCAAAUAAUAAAUGAGCAAAGCCAGUUUGUCAUUUACAAUAUUUCAGUGGGGUUCUUUGUCAUCAUGUCUUCAUGACAGUCCCCCCAAAUAUGAAGUUUUAUAUGAAGUUUCAUAUCGUCUUCGGCAUUUUUCCUUCAGGCUUUUCUCAUCUUCAGGUGCGAAGAUUUGUCGUUACACGUACACCUUAUGCAACCCCGCUGAACAGAAAACAAACAAACAAACAAAAAAGUACGUCAAUGUUGGGACAUUGACUCACCUGAUGUAUCACAGUUGUACAACAAAAAAAUUCAAAAUGACUUUAAAGGCUGUUAUAUAACGCACAUAUGUACUUUGUAUAUAACUCUACAUAUGCAGAACUGUAUAUGAAAUAUUUUUACCUCUAGCAGAAUAUAGAAAAACAAAACAUUCGAAGUUAAAAAAAAAAAAAAAGCGGAAAAAAGAGAGGAAAAAAAUUGCUGGUGAAAACCACGAAGAAGAAGUCAUGCAAAGUUGGCGGCAUGACCAAUGUGAUUAAACACCUCCGGCUCCAUGGAAUACAAGUGCCGAGUAGCAUAGCUGAGUGCCACGCCGGUCCUCUAAGCAGUUAGAACCAGUGGCCUAUACUACGAAGCCGGUUUUCUGGCUUAGCAGGGUAACUUCGAGAGUAACUUAUUAUCACGUGCGACGUAAGUUCGCGGCUAUGCGAGACUACGAAAGGUGGAUAUGUUGGAACCGAGAAGUGUUGCCAUGGCAACACACGCCACACGCCAAACCUGGUCGUGUCAGAGUUAGAUCUUGCUUAACAUCAUGAUUCCAAUUAACCACGCUCUAUUUAAACAGCACUCCUCCGCGGACGUGUCCUCCUGACAAUGACAGCGUACUUGGACGACCUAUACGACAUUGGCGCGCGGAUUGUGAGGGGCUCUCUCCGGAGGGCACGGGUAUUUCGGGACCGCCAGAAUCCGCUGGCGUACCCGGAAGAUGUUCUCCAUGAAAGAUAUAGAUUUUCAGCUGAGGGAAUUCUUUACCUGUGCCAACUGAUCUAGGCAGACGUCACUAAUGUAACCCGCCGAGUCAGGCCCUCACAACCGCGCAGAUUGUGUGUGCCUGUCCGUGCGCUCUUUCGCCAGGGACACUAUAUGUAUUCCAUCGGUGAUGCUGAAUAUCUGCGUAAGAACACUGUAUGCCGUGCGAUUCGGAGUGGGGUAUGGAAACGCUUCAAAUUGAUGCAUUUAUAAUAAUCAUAGAAAUAUGUAGACUAUUUAAACAUUGAGAAAACUUGCGUUUUUUUCUGCCAACUCGAGGAGAUUAAAUUAAAUGUCAAAUCCACUGAUAGGACAGACGCACAAAUAAAAAAAGAUAUAAAUGUUUAUUGAAUAUGCAUCUUACAGUCUUGUUUAACUGUGAAAAAUCGUUACAAAAGACGGGCUUUUAUUUACGCAACAACGCAUGGCAUCCCCGCAUUUCCUUCUUCUCCUGAGUCCUCACAAAUAUGACAUAAUUUAUUUAUU